AUGGGAGAUUUGAAUGACAUCAAGUCUAAUGGGGAGAAGUGGGGGGGUAGAAUCAGGCCUGCUAGCAGCUUUGAAAGCUUCACUGGUUUCAUUAAUAGGACUGGCCUUAUAGACUUGGGUUUUGAGGGAGUGCCUUGGACCUGGUGUAAUAACAGGGACAAUGAAGGGGAGAUUAAGGAAAGGAUUGAUAGAGUGUUGGGUACUAAGCAGUGGUGUGGAAACUUUGGAAAAGCUAAAGUGAUCCAUGCUGAAACUGAAGCUUCUGACCAUUGUGCCUUGGUACUGGACCUGACCCCUGUAGAAAUUCCUAGGAAGAGGAGAUUUGCUUUUGAUAAAAGGUGGAUAAUGCAGGAGGGGGUUGGGGAGGUGAUCAGGGAGGCAUGGGGGAAGGAGCACCAGGGGUCUAGGCUGUAUAGAGUACAGAGCAAGAUUAAACAAGUUCGUAUGAAUUUGCUUCAUUGGAGCAAGAAUUUGAAUCUGAAUUCAAAAAAGCAGAUAGAACAGAUCAAAAAGGAAAUUAAAGAAGUAAGGGAUAGGCAGUGCAGUGAGGACAGAACAAAAAUUGUUGGACUUAAAAGGAAGCUGGUGGAGGCUUACAAGAGGGAGGAGAUAUACUGGAGCCAAAAGGCUAGAGUUAAAUGGCUCCAGGAGGGUGACAAAAACACCAGCUUCUUCCAUGCUAGUGUAAUGAGUAGGAGGAAGCAGAAUAGGAUUAAUGGGCUGAAAAGGAGAAGUGGGGAGUGGUGUAGGAAUGAAGGAGAGAUAGGGGAGGAAAUUGUGGAUUACUUUCAGCAAUUGUUCACGACUGAUAGCCCAACUGAUUUCAGUGCUAUUCUGGAGGAGAUUCCACAGUCUAUAACUGCUGACAUGAACAGGAAGUUGACAAGGCCAGUCUCUGAUCAGGAAAUCAGUCAUGCGGUAAAUUCCAUGCAUCCAAACAAGGCUCCUGGACCAGAUGCUUUUGUGCCUGGCAGGCAGAUUCUGGACAAUGUACUAGUGGCACAUGAGAGUAUUCAUUUUCUUAACAAUAAGAGAACUGGGAAAGAUGGUUAUAUGGCUAUCAAACUUGAUAUGUCUAAGGCUUAUGAUAGGGUCGAAUGGGUGUUUCUUGCUAAGAUGAUGCAAAGAAUGGGGUUCUGCCCUGUUUGGAUUCAGUGGAUCUUAGAGUGCAUCACUAGUGUUUCCUAUUCUGUGAAUGUUAAUGGUGAGAAAAGGGGUUUUAUUAAGCCUGCUAGAGGCCUAAGGCAGGGGGAUCCCCUUUCCCCCUACCUGUUCCUGAUCUGUGCAGAAGGGUUCUCUGCCUUGCUUAGAAGAGCUAAUAGGCAAGGCAGAAUGUCUAGAAUGAAGAUUGCUAAUGCAGCUCCUAGCUUGUCUCAUCUCUUUUUUGCAGAUGACUCGUUAAUCUUCUGCAAAGCCAAGGUGGGGGAGGCUGUGCAGCUCAUGCAGGUGCUGGAAGAGUAUGGACGAGCAUCUGGUCAGUUGAUCAACAAAGAAAAAUCCUCCAUCUUUUUCAGCAAAAAUGUCAAAGGAAGGAGGAAGGAAGAGGUGCUUAAGGAGCUGGAAGGCAUGAGAGAGGUCCAUCAGAGCAAGUACCUUGGGCUUCCUAUGGUUAUAGGCAGAUCAAAGAGGCAGGUGUUUGAGUUCAUUAGACAGAAAGCAAUUAAAAGAAUUGGGGGUUGGAAGGAGAAACUACUAAGCCAAGCAGGAAAUGAGACUUUAUUGAAGUCUGUCAUUCUAGCUCUACCGGCAUAUGUGAUGUCUUGCUGUAGGCUGCCAAAGGCAUUAUGUCAGAAUGUGUGCUCAGAAAUGGCCAGAUUCUGGUGGGGCCAGAGGGAGGAUGAAAAGAAAGUUCACUGGAUAGGAUGGAGUAGAAUGACAGAUAUCAAAGCUAAAGGGGGCUUGGGGUUUAGAGACUUGCAGGACUUCAACUUGGCAUUAUUGGGGAAACAGCUAUGGAGAAUUCUGAUGCAGCCUAAUUUGCUGAUGAGUAGAGUUAUGAAAGCAAGGUACUUUGGUGGGAAAUCCAUUUGGGAUACACUACCAAAGGGCUCAGAUUCAUGGUGCUGGAAGAGCUUGCUGAGUGCCAGAGGGGUGCUGGAGGAAGGACUCAGAAGGAGGGUGGGGGAUGGGGAAUCUAUUAAAAUCUGGGAGGAUAGGUGGUUGCCAGGGGUAGAGGAUGGGAGGAUAAGGUCCCCAAGGAAGGCUGAUAGCAAGAUUCAGAGGGUUAGUGAAUUGAUCAAGGAAGGUAAGUGGGAUAGAGAGUUACUGAGGCAGGAAUUUGAGGAGAUGGAUAGGUUACAAAUACUAAAAAUACCACUGAGCUUGGGGAAGGUAAUGGAUAGGACCUAUUGGGCUAAAUCAAGUUCUGGUUUGUACUCCGUCAAGACUGGCUACAAACUAAUCAAGGAAAUGAAGCAAAGCCAGUGUCAGCACAAAGGAACUCCAGAUCCAAGUAGCAGUAGGAGGAUCAAGUCUCAUAAUUGGAGCUUUCUGUGGGGAUUGAGCAUGCCAAAUAAACUCAAACACUUCAUUUGGAAAUGUUUGCAAGGAAUAUUGCCAACAAAUGCAGUAGUGAAAGGGAAGUGUGGUAAAGGGGAUCAUGUGUGCAAGUGCUGUGGUGAUAGCUCUGAGACAUUAGAGCAUAUGUUUUUUCUGUGCUGUAAUGCUAGAGCAAUCUGGAAGGUGGCUCCUGUGAGGUGGGAUGGAUUAGAGGAGUUUAGGAACAGUUUUUGGCAUUGGUGGGAGGAGCUCAGGGGGGCUGUAUCAAGAGAGGGAGGAAGGGAGCACAUUACUCUUACGGUACACAUCUUGUGGCAGAUUUGGAAAGCUAGGAAUAAUAAGCAAUUCAACAAUAGCAGUAGAGAGCCUAUAGUGGUGGUGAAUAAGGCAUUAAUGGAAUGGAAUGAGUUUCAAUUGGCACAAGGGGGGGGAACAAAACAUGACUUUUUGACAGUGGGAGAGCAGGUAAAGGAUAGGAGAUGGGUUGCACCGCAAGCAGGCUGGAUCAAGAUCAACACUGAUGCAGCCUUGGACCAAAAGCACAAUAGGGGAGGGUGGGGAGUAGUAGCCAGGAACAGCUCGGGGGAAUUGGUGGGUGCAUGGGCAAGACCAACUGAAGGCUGUGCUGAGGCACAAGUGGAGGAAGCUCUGGCGAUAAGAGAAGCUAUGGUAAUAGCCAAACAAAUGGGAUGGAGGAAGGUAGAGCUGGAAUCAGAUUGCAAGUUGGUAGUGGACAGAAUCAACGCCAGGAAGGAGGAAGUCAGUAUAGCCACAAUUCAGUUGGAUAUCUGGAGAAUUAUGAAAGAUUUUGAUAAAUGUUGCUGUUCCUUUACUAGAAGGAACAACAACUAUGUAAGUCACUAUUUAGCAAAGUUUGCUAUAACUCUGAUUGAUGUAGCUGAAUGGAAGUUUAGCUUCCCAGCAUGGUUGCUUGAGUUAGCUCAAGCUGAUCUACAUGAGCAGUUGCUCUGA